AUGCCAGAGCGGGCGAGGUUCCAGCCAGCCAGCCAGCCCGUCGGCGUGCAGCAGUCCAGCCAACAGCGUUCCCCGCCAACAGCCAGCAGCGUUCCCCGCCAGCAGCCAGCAGCGGUCCUCGCCAGCAGCCAGCGGCGGUCCACGCCAGCAGCCAUCAGCGUCCCCGCCAGCAGCACGCAGCGGUCCUCGCCAAAACCGGCCCCCGCCAGCAGCCAGCAGCCAGCAGCCAGCAUCCAGCGGCCAGCAGCGCUCUGCAUCAGUGCUCACAGCCGGCCCCCAAAGGAGAUAUCCGAGCAAGUGGCAGAGGCAGCUGCCAGAUUCGGCUUUCCCUCGAAACUUGUAAAUCCGACGGGCUCGAGGCAGCCCGCAGCGCAGCGCAGCGCAGCCCGUAAGCCGAGCCGGCUGGCCGCUGCCGCUGCCGCCGCUGCCGGCGGUUCACAGACAGGCGGCUACAGUACGGCGCCGCCCUCACGGCGAGCGUGGCCGCAGGCCGACCGCAGCCGGCGAUUGAAGGAGCACAACAGGGAAGUGUCGGGUCUGGGAACGCAGGGCUCCACUCUGCAGAAGACGCCUCGCCGGGUGGCGGGAGGCGGCUGCUCUGGUAAGGAGGACCGCAGCACCGCAAGAAGCCUUCCUGUGUCGCGGCGCGGCGCGGCGGCCCAGAUCCCGGGAGUGGUGGGCGGCUUCCGCCGAGGAUCAGCCGCUCCGCGCUACAUGCUGCAGCCCCUGCUGGCCGCGCUCCCACAUGCACUGGCCCCAAGCCGACACCCUUCUUUCUCCUCACGCCUGGCUGCACACUGCGUCAAACUCCGUGUCCACAUUGGCUUCACCACAACGAGCAGCGGGAAGGGAGGCCAUCAGGCGAGAUACCAAGGGCUGCAGCCGGGAUUUCAAGCUGGCCGCGACGCAGUGCAGAGAACCUCACGUCACUUCCCGGCAGCUCUGAGUGAAAGCAAGGCGACGAGCGCGGGAGGGGGCCGGGAAAAAAGGCGAAGAGACAAAAACUCGCAGCAGCCGGGGGCAGAAGUUUCCGGCUUCAUCCCUCGCCAGCGCCGGCAGCCUGCACGUGAUUUGUGUCGGCGCGGCCGGCUGGCAGCGCCGGUCGCCGGUCCCUACCCUUCCGGGACCUCUGGCUUCCCCCGGCCAGCCGUGUUGUCGGCCGGGAUUAGCCCCCGGCGCCGCCGCCGGGCUCGGCUUACGGAAACACUGUGCAGUGCGGCGCUGGCGCGGCGCGGGGCGCGCGCCCACAUAUUAAGAUGCCGGCGCAUCGCGGGCCCGCCUUAUAUGCGGGAUCGCCCGCGCCGCCUGCCAAAUAUCGGCGGCCCGCUGACGCCCGGGUCACGCGUCGCCUGCGGAUUACAGCGGCUCACAGCCGAGGGCGGAGGAGCGCAUCGCGCGUCGGCUGCUGAUGAACACGUCCCCACAACAGCGCGCCGCCUCUUACGAAAAUUACUUGCGAGCUUUAGCUGUGCUCUCCGUGAAGCAGAUCACUUCACCAGUCGCUCCUAA